AUGCAACCUGAAUACCCUAAUCCGCGUAAGCAUGAUGAUGACCAGGACAGAGGCCAUGGACGUCUCCCCUCGAAGCUGAGGCGGAUAGAGGAUCAGUCGGGGUUUCUGCAUCGUGGUGCACGCCUCUUUGGUACUCCGCAAUCAGGCAGCCAGCAGACGUCGCCGAAUAGCGAUACUCCCUCGCCCACUCGACGACGACGACGACAUUCGACCUCAGACACGACGACGCGUAAGACACACAGACGAGUGACGCCAUCGACGGGGGGCAUCGGGCCAUUAGGCCCUCCUAGAGACGGUCGACAUGUGGCCAACGACGACCUACGGGAAGCCAGUACAAGCAGCUUGCGCGCGUACGGUGAACAACAUCUGGAAGCAAGACCCGGAAUAACUGCACUGCUGCCGCCGGCCUCCACAAGUUACCGCUCUGCGGCCCUUGAUGAUGCUUUAAGCGAAUGGCCUACAAGCCCAGGAGAUGAUAACCCAUCUACACAAGACACCCAUAUAUUCCGAUCCGGAGAACUUAGGAGAGACACUGGCAUCGCCGAAUCUCGGCAGGCUCAAUGCGGAUACGGGCAAGCUCUCGAAGCGCAUCUCACGCUUCGCCAAGAACCUCCUCUCUUAGAUCGCCGGGAGACCGGUGGCAGUGCAGUGCGUCAAAAUCCAGCGCCUGGGCCGUCGUCACCGCGAAGCAGUGGUCCGCUGUGCAUUUCCCCGUCUGUAUACGAGCUGGAACAUACAGGGCUGCACAAUUCCGACGUCGACGACGGUGCAGAGGCGGAACAUAGCAGUGCGCGCGCCGUCCCGUUUGCUGAUCGACCGGGAUCGCCACCGCCUAUGCCCCGGCUCCCUCCGGAGCAUGCGGCCACUCAGCACAUUGUGCCCCACACGUCCCCAAUCUUGACAGGUUUUCCUCCACCCGCCAUUCCGCACAACAUUCAGCAUACAGGUAUCCGUCCCCCGUCACCGUCCGCGAGGAUGUGGAAUCCUCAGUCCGCAGUAGUUGUCACUGCACGACGUUUACUGAUGCCCGAGGAGCCUCAAUCAGAUGACGAGUUCAGAAUGGCAGCGAUGACUUCCGAUACUUUUCUCUCGAGCGAUGACACCCAGCGGUAUCUCUUCACAGGACAGAGUCCAAACGAUGCUGCGCCCUACGGGCAGCUUGAGGCCGCGUAUUACCAUUCUCAACGACAGCAAGCCAUUCAUGCUUAUAGAAACGGGUUACUCGACCCGCGCGAUGACUAUUGGUGGCGGUGGCUUCCACCAUGA